ACAUUCUAAAACAAAACAAAUGAUUCAAAAUAGCGGUUUUCUUAACCAACCUGUUUUCAAAAAGCGGUAUUUUGGAGGUUAGGUGGCUCAUAAAGAUUUAGGAAGGGGUUUGAUCAGCGUUUGUAUCACCAUAUAUGUCUAGAUAUUGAUUGCUCUUCAGUAGCGAUCGACACAAGUGGGUUUGCUCUGUUUUUGAUCAAUCGAAGCGCAGGGGGUUUCCUGGGAUCACAAAUUUCAAGCCAUGGGCUCACUCAAGGCUGUUGCUGUUCUGACCGGCAAAGAGGGUGUUACCGGGGUCGUGAAUUUCGCUCAGGAGGGGACUGGGCCAACAACUGUAACUGCUAAGCUCAGUGGUCUGCAACCUGGUCUUCAUGGUUUCCACGUUCAUGCAUUGGGUGAUACAACAAAUGGUUGUCUGUCAACUGGAGCGCAUUUUAACCCUCAUGGCAAAGAGCAUGGUGCACCAGAGGAUGAGAGCAGGCAUGCUGGAGAUCUAGGCAAUGUAAUUGUUCGGGAUGAUGGAACUGCUGAACUUUCAGUCUCUGACAGCCAUAUUCCUCUUUCUGGACCACAUUCAAUUAUAGGACGAGCUGUGGUUGUCCAUGCGGAUCCCGAUGAUCUUGGCAAAGGUGGCCAUGAACUCAGUAAGACCACAGGAAAUGCUGGUGGAAGACUUGCUUGUGGGGUCAUCGGUCUUCAAGGUUGAUUACAAGGAAUUGACUGCAUAAUCGACACCUUGGCAGUAGUUUGCUUGAGAGAAAAACAUUUAAUGUACGUAGCAUGAGAAUGUUUAGAAUGCAGCAAGCGUAAUAAUAAAUGAGUACAUGCGAGAUACUUAAGAUUUUGCUUGGUGGUGUUUUGUUGUUUGUAAUACAAACUUAUGCACAUCCAAACACGGCAUCUUACCAACCUUCUAUAAAGAAUAAAUUACUAUAAGUAGAUCAUUUGUAAAUUUGUUUGGAUGGUGUAAUUUCAGAGUGAAUGUUAUUGAAGGGAAAAAAAUUGUGUUUUA